CUUGAAAAUGCCUCGUUAUGACGAUCGUUACGGGAAUAAUCGUCUCUAUGUUGGCCACUUGUCAUCCAGAACUCGCACCCGAGACCUAGAACGGCUGUUUAGCCGAUAUGGGAGGUUUCCGGGGUUUUGGCCUUAACCUGGAGGUGUUUGAUGAAUGGGUCGGGUUGCCUUGGUGGUAUUGGUGGGAAUUCUCACCAGGUGUAUAGUUGCCGUCGGCGAUUCUGUUUGUUGUCUUAUUGCGUGUUUUAGUGGAAAUUGGAAAUGGCCAAGAUCUCAAACUGGUGUUUAGAAGUUCCUUAAGUAACGAUGGCCUUACUUUUCUGGCAACAAUUUCCGCAGAGUGCGUGAUGUGGAUAUGAAGCGCGACUAUGCUUUUGUUGAAUUUAGUGAUCCUCGUGAUGCUGAUGACGCGAGGCAUUACUUGGAUGGACGGGACUAUGAUGGAAGUCGCAUCGUUGUGGAGUUUUCACGAGGGGCACCUCGUGGUUCCCGAGAUUACGGUGGUAGGGGCCCACCUCCUGGGUCUGGUCGCUGUUUCAACUGCGGUGUCGAUGGUCAUUGGGCUCGAGACUGCACGGCCGGAGACUGGAAGAACAAAUGUUACCGCUGUGGUGAAAGGGGACAUAUCGAGAGAAACUGCAAUAACAGUCCGAAGAAGCUGAAGCGUGAUGGAAGUUACUCAAGGUCUCCUGUGAGAUCUCGAUCUCCUCGUCGCAGAAGAAGUCCAAGCAGGAGCAGAAGCCUUAGCCGAAGCCGUAGCCGUAGCUACAGCCGAGGUCGUAGCUACAGUCGGUCAAGGUCCCCUGUGGAAAGAUCACGUAGUCCAAAAUCGAUGGCGGAUUCUCCAUCGCCAAGAGGAAAGGAACGUAGCCCGUCGCCCCGUGAGGAACACAGCCCGAGGGCUAGAGACAGCAGUCCUGCUUCUCCUCCGAAACAUCAGAAGCAAGAAGGUUUGGACUCUGAAGAUGGGGGGAGUCCCCGAGGGAAAGGCAGCCCUCGAGGCGAAAGCCCGGCCGAAGCCAAUGGGCGCAGCAGCCCGAGAGAUGACAGGAGUCCUGUCGAUGACGAUUUCGAAGUCAAAGGUAGCGAGUCGCCUUGAUUGGCUGUUGGUCCUGGCCGCCAUUGUACCAUGUAUGCUUCGUCUUCUUCUUCCCCAGAUCGACUGUCUUUGUUUUUGUUUUAUUUAUGUCUGAGAAUGCUGAGAUUUGCUCUCUUUUCUUAAACUCUAAAAACUUAUUUAGUUUGUCAGAGACUUAAUUGCAAUUGGUGGUGGAGGUUGAUGCUGAUUAAAAAAAACCAUGUAUAGGUUGGCUUUUAAGUUUGUUGUCUUAAGGGAAUAUCUUGGGUUACGUGUGGUCA